AUGCAAUCGUUACCUCCACCAAAACGACGAACAGCACGAGAAUGGUUCCAGAAGUACUUUAACCAUGUAGAAGAAGAUGACGACACUCAGAGUCUGUGUGACCUAACCCCAGAAGGCCAAUUCGUGGAAAGACAUCGGAAGUUGAUAGCCUUUGGCAUUCCGGUCAUUGUACUUCAGUUUCUAUGGUGGACAACUGCCAUUACCUACAAUUACUUUGCUUUAUACAGUACUCAUUGGCACAUGCCCGUUACUAUGCUCUUCGGUGCUAUUGUUGCUGGUACGUUUAAAAUGGCUGAUUUAAGCUGUUUUUAAACUUUCUUGACAGUUUAAACUUAAAGGUUUUUGGGUAGAAAUGGGCCGGGCCCAAUUUCUUGCUUGACUAUACUUGUGAAUAGGCUCGCUCAGUUUAAUAUUAUGCCCAACCUUUUUCAUUUUUCUCAAGCCUCGCCUUGUUCUUGUCUAUUUCUAGUCAUACUUUGGUAUAUUAUCUUAGUUGUGGUCAAGAACAAUUUGGCUUCAAGCUCUCUUAUAGGAUUGUGCUUGUAGGUAUGACAUCUGAAGGUGGAGGCGCGAUUGCAUUCCCAGUUAUGACAUUUGUUUUACACAUGUCACCAAAAGACGGCAGGGACUUUUCAAUCACUAUUCAAGCUUGUGGUAAGUCUUUUUUUAAACUUUAUUCUUAGGUAAUACUUUAGUCCGUUUUUAUAUUACGUUAGAAUGGUUAGAGAGUCUUGUCAAAAAAUAUUGGUAUAUUCUAGAAUCUUAAAAGAAAAUUAUUGUAUAGUUUGAAAUCUUCUCGAACUUUAUAGGUAUGAGCGCAGCUUUAUUUGCCAUCGUAUUCAUGAGGUUACGAGUCGAAUGGAGAGCGAUUACAUUUGGAGUUAUUGGAUCAAUUCCUGGCCAAAUCUUUGGUCUCUACUUUGUAAGUCAAAGCUCGACGACUUUUAUGCGGUUAAUGACAUAAUACAUUUUACAAAAAGUAGUUUUAUAUCUAAAAAAGGAAUAAUAAUAUAGUAAAGAUACUACUUCUUAUACCUAAAUUAAGACUGUAAAAUACGACAAAGAUAGUUAAUAAUUGAAAUUCCUUACAAAUAGAAAAAACUUCUACAGACUUUUAAAUUAAUAUCACUUCAGGUCGACCCCAACUUUACAGCCCCAGAAAAGAAAAUGCUGUUCGUGAGCAUCUGGAGCUCUUUUGCCGUCGCUUUGUGGAUUCUGAAUCGCGAAAAGAAACGAAAGACAUUCCCUCAGAUUCAAGAGUUCUGUUUUUGGAAAGCCAUGGUACUUGUAGCUACAGGGUUUGUCGGAGGAGUAUUUACAGCCUUUGCUGGUAGUGGAGUUGACAUUUGCAUAUUCUCCAUCAUAACAUUGCUUUUCAAUGUUUCUGAGAAGAAUGCUACACCUACUACUGUCAUUGCUAUGGGUAAGUGGCUCAAAGUAGUUGGUGUUUGACUGUAGGGAUAUAAAGUAAAAAAAUGUGUGAAAAAAUCGACGAGUAUGUUAAAGGACCAGUCCGGAUAACUUCUUUUGUCGCAAAGAUUUUUUCGUUUUGGCUGUUGAACUUUUUUCGUGCCAAACGUGAGCGGGUACACUAGGUAAAUGAUUUCCUUUAUUCCAAAUCGACUCGCUCACGUUUUGCGCCAAAAAAGUUCGCGCUUCCCUGAUUGCCUGAUCUGUUGCAGAAAAGCCUGACAAAAGACUUAUCCAAACUGGUCCUUUAAUGCAAUUGUAAGGGCGCAGCUGGGAAAAGUUUUUGCAGUCUGCAAAAAUACUUUAGAACUUUACAUUGUAAAGGUUAAAAAUGACGGUACAUUUUGAUAGUGAUGCGUUAAAAAUAAGCAUUUCAGCCUUAUCAUCUCAAUUCUGUGUGUACUGGCGAUACAUGAUAAUGGGAGACGUCAACGAUAUUGUUGUUGACUAUAUCAAGGUUACCAUACCUAUUGCAGUAGGUUUAUGCCCUGUUGGAUCGUAUGUCGCUUCCUUUUUACAUCGUCAAGUAAGUUUUACAAUAUUUUAUUGGCUUUUUAAAAAUUUUUUGUUAUUUUUAAAUUUUGCACGGUGCAGUUUUUUAUAUUUGAGCUUGCACCGCGCAAAAUAUUUAUUUUUCAUUUUUUAAAACUUUUGUAUAUAAAAAAUAACAAAAACGACUUUACAGGUACUGGCCCACUUUGUAUAUAUCCUCGAAGCCACGGCUAUGAUAGGCUUCUUACUAACCGGACCAUCACUCCAGUUAAUGAUGAGUUCAUCCUCAAUAUUAUUCUGUGGAUUCUUAUUCUUCACAUUCUUGUGCAAAAAGGGAAAAGAUCUCGUACCCCUCGAAGAUGAGCAAAAGGUACCGUUGGACUUUAAUAUUUCUGCAUAA